UCAAGCAAGUGGCGACACGCUCCAAUCUCUCCUUUCUCAAUAACUGAGCCGUGAAGCCUACGCUCGCGCACUCCUUCCCUCUUCGUUUCUCUCGGCGUCAAGCUUGAGGAGCAGGAGUCAACAUUUAGAUUUUUCUCAAUUUGUUUAAUUUUAUAUAUGGAAAUAUAUAAGCAAUGUGGGAUGAUGUUUUUUAAUCCCUUUUAACAAAAAAAAAAAAACCCAUGUUUAUUCUGUGCUGAGAAUCAUCCUCAAUCAUGUUCAGGAAUUCGAUUCUGUGUAGUUGUUAUAUGAAUCUUUUUCUUUUCAUUACAUGUUUUCUUUGCUUCUGUUUUUCGUACGAAGAGUACGGUUCCUACAAUUCGUUCUCUGUUUCCAGCAUCAGUUACUCUAAAACCAAGCUUAAACCCUACGAAUGGCGCUAUAUCAGAGUUGAGUUGCCGCUGUGGUUCUCUUCAAUGUCAAUUGCAUUAGAGUCAGAUGUGGACAUUGGUACUGAAAGCACAGGAAAGAUUCCUAAAAGCACAUUGCCAAUGAUAUGCUUCCGAAAUGGUAGCCCCCCACUGCCGGAUGUCUCAAACACUACAGUAAAAGAUUUAGUGUUAGGUACUCUCUCUAAUGGAUCUUUUGGAGUGACGGGAGGUCUUCAAAAUACAGAGCAGUGCUAUCCUAUGCAGAAAAAUAUAACGACAAGAUUGACAAAUGAGCAGGUUUUUGAGAAUUACUGGGUCUGGUAUUUUGGGGUUUUCAAUGGCAUUGGACCUAUGAGGACACAAUCAAAGAUGAUUAGUCGAGGAUCAUCGUACACCUUCAGCGCCAAUGUAAGUGUGGAAGGAUGUACAACUUCAACAAUGUCAGGCCAAUACUGCAACCAAACAGUUAAUCCACUUUCAUGUGUUCUAUCUGACAGCUCCAAUUUUACAGAAAGUCUUUCAAUUGACAACCAAACCACAGAAAAUUUCAUUUCGUGCAGAAGUUCUUUUGAGAAUUCUUGCCAUGUGGAUGGUGAACCCAAAAUCUACUUCUUGGAUGUAAUGGGACUACCAGAACAGUUAUCUGUUACAGUGAUGAAUGUCAGGUUCAAUGGAACAUCCUCAAAUUUCACUGGGAAUGUCAGUGAAAUUAAUGUAAUGUGUCUUGCUCGGCAUGGAACAAUUCCUCUGCCGAAUUUGCAUGAUUAUUCCACUAAUAUAAAUAAGGCUCCUUUGGUCAUCCGCUCACCAAAGGUUGGUCGCUGGUAUUUUACUAUUUUACCUGUUAAUCUGUCAAAAGAGAUUGGAGGGAUCCAGGAUCCAACAAUAAAAGUUUGCUAUUCCAUGGAAUGGAAAGUACUCGAAUGUCCGUUGGGAAAAGCUGGGCUAAACUGUACACAGGAAAGAUACAUGCUUCAGACAGUUCUCAGGAGAAAUCCAACUGCCUUUUUUGAAUCUUAUUAUUUGCCAGUCAGUGAAAAAGUUUCUCCAGAUUCUGCCAAUUUUCCUCUGGAACCUCUUUUAAGCAACUACUCAAAUGGGGGAGAGCUUGGUGAUGCUUGGACUUAUUUUCUUAUGGACGUUCCUCAUGGUGCAGCUGCGGGAAAUAUCCACAUCCGACUAACAUCAGAUGUGAAAAUAAAUUAUGAAAUAUAUGCCAGAUUUGGUGCAUUGCCAACCCAUGAUACUUGGGAUUACUUCUAUGCAAAUAAAACAAGCAGCAGUGAUGGCUCGAUGUUUUUCAUGCUGUAUAAUUCAAGUGAAGAAUCUGUUAAUUUUUAUAUCUUGUAUGUUAGAGAAGGAUCAUGGAAUUUUGGAUUGAGGUAUCUAAAUUCUUCAAGCAGCACUUCCACAGCUCAAACUACUAUGUCUAUUUCACUGGAAAGAUGCCCAAAAAGAUGCUCAUCUCAUGGGCAGUGCCAAUCUGCUGUUGAUGCAAGUGGAUUAACAUUUUACAGUUACUGUGCAUGUGAUCGGAACCAUGGGGGCUUUGAUUGUAGUGUCGAAAUCGUAUCACAUCAAGGGCACAUAUGGCAAUCAAUUUCUCUUAUUGCAUCAAAUGCUGCAGCUGUACUUCCUGCUUAUUGGGCUCUUCGCCAGAAGGCAUUUGCUGAGUGGGUUCUCUUCACGUCAAGUGGGAUUUCUAGUGGACUAUAUCAUGCAUGUGAUGUGGGCACCUGGUGUGCAUUAUCCUUUCAUGUCUUACAGUUCAUGGACUUCUGGCUCUCAUUUAUGGCUGUGGUGAGCACGUUUGUGUACCUAGCUGCUAUUGAUGAAGGUUCGAAGAGGACGAUUCACACAGCUGUUUCAAUUCUUACAGCCCUCAUGGCUGCAACUGAGGCAACCAGGUCUGCUAAUAUCAUUCUUGUAAUAGCAAUUGGGGCUCUGGGUCUCCUUGUUGGAUGGCUGAUAGAAUUCUCAACCAAAUUUAGGUCAUUUUCAUUUACAACAGGAUUCCACGUAAAUGUGCUUCACAGAUGGCAAACUAUUAGAGACUCGCUACGAAGUCUUAUCAAGACACUUUUAAAACGUUUCCGAUGGGGUUUUGUGCUUGCUGGCUUCGUUGCACUAGCCAUGGCUGCCAUAAGCUGGAAACUGGAAACCAGUGAAAGCUACUGGAUUUGGCAUAGCAUGUGGCAUGUCAGCAUAUACACGUCUUCUUUCCUUUUCCUGUGCUCAAAAGCAGACUACAUAAAUAACGAGGAUGAAGGACCCCCAGAUGGAAAUUAUGAGUUAACUCGCCAGGAUUCAUUCCCAAGAGGGCCAUAGGGGGAGAUGGAGGAAUGUUUACAAACUCUGACCCCCCAAGUUCGUUGUAAAUUCAUGUGUAUGUUAUAAGUUAUUUAUCUAUUAGGACAAAAGGAAUCAAGCCAGGGCGGAAAUGCUACUGAGAGUUAUAUAUAGGGAGAAUAGAAUGUAGAACAUCAGGAUGAAGAUUAGAGUUUUGAUCAUGUAAAUUUGUAGUGCAUCUCAUCAACGUUUAUGCUCAAACAGAUUGUUGAUUUGCUGCACAGAUUGUUGAUUGGUCAAUAAACCCGAAAAAGGACAGUAGAUGAUGGUCCA